GGGCGCGGGCGAGGGCGUCCACCUCGCGGGUUCAGCGCUCCGCAGCGGCUGCAGGGGGCGCAGGGGGCGGCUCCGCGUCCCCAUCCAGCCCCGCGCGCCCCCCGCCGGGCCCCUGUUUGGCACCGCCCGCCCCACCCGGCUCGGCUCCGCCCCGGGACCGCGGCGCGAGCUCGGAGCGCGGUGGGCAGCGGCGGGGCGAUGGGCUGCGGGAACUCCACGGCGGCGGGCGCGGGCGCGGGCCGAGGCCCUGCAGGAGCAGCCAAAGACACGACAGAAGAAUCGAUAACGGAAGAUGACAAGAGGAGAAACUACGGCGGCGUCUACGUGGGCCUGCCCGCCGAAGCUGUCGAUGUGGGGACCAAUCAAACCAAGACUGCCCGAAAAAAUUAGAGGACGCUGGCACCGUGGCCCAGUAAACGAGAGUUUGCUCGUCGAUUCAGAAGAGCUUUGGCUCCAGCGACGCUGUGCUUCGCACAGACGUUUCCGAGGAAAUUCUGAACAGUUGCCACCCACCUGUCCCCGACCCUAAGGCUGUCAUUAAAGCCACGGCCCAGGGUCCGUGCUAUCACAGAAGGAAUCGGGCUGACGCGCUGGUUUCUGACGCCGUCCGUGAUCCCGUGUGGAAGAGGAGCAGCACCUGUCCUGGCCGGCGUGACUGCAGCCUCGGUGUGCUCACGGCCGCUCGGCCCCGUCGUGGCCGGGUCUUUCCCCAGUGCUCUUUUGAUAGUUUUAUAUAACAAAACCCUUAUUCUGUUUAUAAUUGAGGAUAGUAGGGCACUAUAAAUGAAUCACCUAAAGUGAUACAAAUUCUUAUCUUUCACUGUUUCUACUCUAUAUUAAUUUUUAGCUGUAAAAUUGGUAACUGGAUUCUUACUACCAUCUCUCUCCCUUUAGUUUGGUUUUCAAAUUUUAUUUAAAUGUUGGAGGAUUGCACUGUUGGGAAUGAUGUAUCACGCUUCAGUAUUUAAACCUGUCGGAUGUGCAGUUUGCUCGUCUAGAACACCUGUGGCCGACGGCCUCUUUGGUUUGGUCGGAGGCUGACGCAGCCACAGGUAUCCCGAGCCAGUGAGUCUAGUCCUCCCCGCCCAGUCCUGCAGUCGCCUGGUGUUAAUUCUGCGCUAUUUUUAAGGAUCUCCGACAGAUGAUUAGCGGGAUGUCUGGGAAGUUCUUAGAUUUGCUAGUGAGGUGUGUGUGUACACCUCUGGCAAUGUAAAUCACUCAGUUUACUAAUGUAUUUCAACAAUUAAACAUUUUUAGCCCUCUU